CUGCUCCCCCACAACAUCGAGGCGGAGGAGGCGCUCAUAGGCUCUCUGCUCAUCGACGGUGAGUGCAUCGCCCGCAUUGCGCCGAUGCUGCAGGCCGGCGACUUCUACCGGGAGCGCAACCAGUUCUGCUACGACGCGGCGGUGGCCCUGUUCCAGCGGGACCAGGCCAUCGACCAGACCACGCUGGCCGGCGAACUGGGGCGGACCGAGCGGCUGGACUCCAUCGGCGGGAUGGCCUACCUGUCGCACUUGGUAUCCAUUACGCCGACGUCGGUGCAUUCCGAGGACUAUGCCGAAAUCGUUUCCCGCACCGCCACGAUGCGGAAACUCAUCGCGGCUGCCUCCCGCAUUUCGGAGCUGGGAUACAACGAUACCGACGACGUGGACGGGACGCUGCGGCAGGCCGAAGAUGCCCUGUUCGCCGUUCGCGGUGGGAUCCAGGCCCGGGGUUUCGUUCCGCUGCGGCAGAUCUACGACCAAUACCUGCAGGACAGGGCCGGGAUGAUGGAACCCGAGGCCGACUCGCGGUCGGACCUGGUCAUCCUCGGCGCGAGGCCCUCCCUGGGCAAGAGCACUCUGGCACUGAACAUGUGCCUGAACGCCGCCAAGAACGGCUCCACGGCCGGCGUGUUCAGCCUGGAGAUGAGUUGCGAGCAGCUGGCCAUGCGCAUCCUGUCGUCAGAGGCGGGAAUCGACUCCCACCGGCUGAGGCUCGGGCUCUAUACGAUGGCGGAAGAACAGCGGAUGAUCGACGCCAUCGGUCAGUUGUCCGACCUGCCGGUGUACAUCGACGACACGCCCUACCAGAGCAUGCUGGAAAUGCGCAGCAAAUCGCGCAGGCUGUACAUGGAGCACGGGCUCGACCUGCUGGUCGUGGACUACCUGCAGCUGGUGGCGGGGCAGGGACGCGGCUUCAGUGCCAACCGGGUGCAGGAAAUCAGCGAGAUCUCCCGGUCGCUCAAGGCACUGGCGAGGGAUCUGAAAGUUGCCCUGAUCGCGUGUUCGCAGCUGAGCCGCCUGGUCGAGAACCGGCCCAGCCACAGGCCGCUGCUUUCCGACCUGCGGGACAGCGGCAGCAUUGAGCAGGAUGCCGACGUGGUGAUGUUCAUCCAUCGCGAGGACCUGUACAUCACCGAGGAAGAAUGGGAGCAGCAGCGUCCCGGUCAGCCUUACCCCCGGAACAUCGCAGAUAUCAUUGUCGCCAAGCACCGCAACGGCCCCACGGGCAGCAUACAGCUGGAGUUCCGCGACAACUUGGUGCGCUUCGACUCCUUCGCCCGAAUGCCCGCCUUCUAG